UUUUCAAUCCAAAAUUGAAAAUUAAAAUAACUUGAAGUGAAGAGAAUUUUGAAGCUUUCUUCUGAGAAUUCUUGUUGUGGCUGUUUUAGUCGAUCGAGAUUUUUCAGUGAUUAGAGAUGGAACAUGCACAACAGACCUUAAAUACUCUCCAAAGACACACAGAACAUUCAACAAGAAACCAAAACCACCUUCCUCAACGACUUAUCUGCCGAUCUAUCUCCCCACUAAACACCCUAAUACACCCUUCCCCUCCCUCUAACUUCACAUCGAUCCCUCCCCAGAAUCCUCUCUUUGGCUCUCUCCUACUGCCAGCUUCUCUGCUGCAUCAAUCUGGUCCUUACCAUAACCCCACUGGUCCCCAUCCUCAAAUUCUGAGCUCUCAUCGUAUCAAUUUUUAA